CGUUCAGCCAACGACCCGGGCCCUUGCUUUAAUUUAUGUGUAAUCAGCUGCAAUCAAUAUUCCCAUCACUUUUUGAUUACAGGAUUUACACUCGAGGUUGUGAUCACAGACUCGGGCUUCUCGGGCUGAAUUCGCUUCAAGUUCUCCUCAAGAUGUACAAUGUUGAUACGUAUUGCAGGGAAUGAUGACUCUUGGAUGACCACCUCUUCCUAUUAUUAGUUCGGCUUCACCUCCCACUCACCGGAUAUCCGACAUUCCGAGGUCGUUUGGCUUCAGAGGCCUUCAGUCGGUAGCAUCCGAUAGUGGCCAGAACGAUGACAAUGUUGAGCUUCUACAGCCAUGCUACCUCGAUCGGCCACGUUGUCCGACACACUAUACUAUACCAUUUUACGCACAUGGCAGCAAGCCAGAGUACGAACUUGUCGCCUAUAGAGGUCCGGAAUGUCGAAUUGCAUACUGAUACACAGACGCACUCCCCCAGUUCAACAUUGUCAAAUGGGCCCGUUAAGCUUGACAUAGAGCAUACAUUGGUUGACGAUGAUCCUCGGUUAUGGUCAAACACGAAGAAGACCGCUGUAUUGCUCAUUAUAUCCGGAGUGUCGAUGUUUGCGGGUUUGGCAAUGAAUAUACAAAACCCCACUAAUGCUCAAAUUGAGCAGCAGCUACACACCACCAGCGGAGAAAUCAGCCUCAGUUUGUCUCUCUUCAUUCUUGUUCAAGGCAAUUGUCCCAUCAUCUGGAGUGUGAUUAGCGAGAUAAAGGGCCGCAAGCUUGUAACCAUUGGUUUGGUGAUCGGGAUGCAAAUUGUGCAAGGCGCAGGGUCAAGUGCAGUUUGGGCUAUCGGAGCUGCCACUCUAGCCGAUAUAUACGAGCCACAUCAAUGCGGUACAAUGAUGGGCAUCUACUAUUCUGCACCUCUCCUUGGCCCCUCACUGGGACCAAUCCUUGGUGGUGCACUCACACAGGGCCUCAGCUGGCGGGCGGUUUUCUGGUUCUUGGUCAUCUGGGGAGGCAUAAUAUUUUUAGCAUUCCUAUUCUUGUUCAAGGACACCUUCAGGAAAGAGAGGAGUGUGACUUAUCAGAACAUGUUGAAGAGAAGACUCCGAGAGCAGCUGUUGUCGGAAGGAACAGAUAAGCUAGACAUUGAAGCCCAGAUGGUCAUACAGCCAUCAGCUAUUGAAGAAGUAAAGCUGACCAUUGCUGAUGUCAACCCUUUCCCUCCCUACUGGUCAAUUGUGAGCCGCAUGAACAACCUUGUUAUCUUGACAGCAUCAGGUGACUUUAGCAUCACAUAUACAUGUGCAAGAACAUUGUCGAUGUAUUAUAAUUAUGAUGCAUUGAAGACCGGCCUUGUUUUGCUUGCCUAUGGUAUCGGCUGCGUAUCUGGCAGUAUAUUGGGUGGUCGUUGGUCCGACCGGACACUUGCUCGACUAAAAGCCACGAACGGAGGGGUCAGCUUCCCAGAGAUGCGCCUCGAGAGUACGAAAAUCGCCAUGCUGUGGUUACCUCUGUCCGUGAUCGGAUAUGCCUGGGUGUGCCAAGAACAAGUCCACAUCGCUGCUGUGUGCGUGAUACUGUUCCUCGCUGGACUUUUGUCCGUAUGGAUCUACUCGAGCACACUGGCAUACCUUGUCGAUGCGAACAUUGGUUGUUCAUCGAUGGCAGUGGCAACUAAUAGUUCUUUCCGUGGUAUUUCUGCUUUUGUCGCUGCUGAGAUUGCUGUUCCUUUACAAGAUAGUAUUGGCGAUGGUGGUUUGUAUACUCUCUGGGCAUGUGUGAUGGUAUUCAUCGAGUGCAUGAUUCUGUUGGUGUUGUACAAAGGCAGGAAGUGGAGAGAAGCUAGUGUAGAACGGGAGAAGCAGAACCUGGAUGCUAAUUAA